AUGAGAAGAUCGUUUAGUGAUAUGUUUAUAAGAGAUACUAUUAAUUGGGUAAAUCGGUUAUCCCUUCUGAGCUCUCUGGUUUUAGAACCUAAAAAGGGUAUACAAAUACUAGCUCCCACACAAGGUGAUAGCUUUGUAAGUGAAUAUAUUAAAAUAAUAAAGCUAUAUGCUAUUGCUAUUGGCAAGGAUUUAGAUAAUAUAGAUGUUAAAGUAAAAUUUCUUUGUGGAUUAUCACCUGACAAUGAAAAGCGUGUGAAUAAGUUUGGUGUUAAAAAACCUUUAACUGAAAUAUUUGAAUACCUAGUUAAGUCUUCUACCAAUCCGAA